AUGGCGGAAAUGGGCAUUGGAACGACAAAGGACCCUCUUCACCGUCCACCAUUUACCAACAGACCCCCAGAAAACACCCUCAAAGACGAACAAUGGAAAUACCGUUCUCCAUACCACAAUCAGAGCGAGGAGGAAUAUGGACCCGCCAAUUGGCGAGCCGAAUGCUUCUGCGGAAAGAAUAUUUACCUUCUUAAACAAGGUAAACCUCUGAACACCAAAUAUUGUCAUUGCCGUGGAUGUCAGAUCACCCAUGGUACACCCUUCCAAUGGGCUUGUAUCUUCCAUAAACAUGAUAUGCUGUUUACCAGUGACCCUGGUGGAUUGGUCUUAUAUUCUUCUACCCAUAAAUCUCAGGAAUAUGGUCUGCCAGCCAAGGUAUACUGUUCCAAUUGUCGCACGCCCAUCAUGGAUGAAAUGCGCAAUGUCUGUCUCAUCUUCCCUCAAUUGAUCGUACUUGAGGGAACGGAUGAUGAGCAGAGAGAGAAAAGAGAAGCGUUCAAACCAACGUAUUAA